AUGCGAAUACCGAAGCGACGCGCACCAAUACACACGGCAAUACAAACACCCGACUACUUAGAGACAAGGGAAAUGGGACUAGCCAUUUGGGGCAAACUACCCCCUAGGCUAGCUCACGCGACCGAUCUUAUCGUCGGCUUAGCCUGGAGGAUCAAAGAAGAUCGUCAACCUGCCGGCUUCGAGUGUGCCGAUGUUGUGAACAUCUUCUUACCCGUCCUCGUCCUCCGAACUUGUCUCUAUGGGAUCGGCGCGACAAACAGAUUAACGAAUGACGCCGUAGCAGAGGGCUGGUUGGUGCGCGGAUACCGGGACGCAAGAGGGGACGGCACCUUUCGCACCGCCACGGCAACGUACAACACGGUGUAUCGGAGAAUUGAGGCCACGAAAAUCGAGACGAGGGAGCGAGGGGCACUUAGCCCUUUGGCGAGCUCGAAGGAUGCAGCUCCCAGGCGGGAGCACGAGAAUUCCGCCCGCGAGAAUACCGACUUUCCUUCUGGUUAUCAUCAACGGGAACAACAUCGCAACAAUCACCGGGAAUAAACGCAUCGGUAGCAACAGCGGCGGUCCCGGUUGCAACAAUAACCGUAGCAGAAGUAGUAAGAAGCACGACAGCAG